GCAUUGCAUGCGGGAGGAAUGAAUCAAAAGAUGAACUCAACUGAGGAAGACAUUACUUCAGGGAUGAUUGAACGCAAAGCCUACGCUCGUGUUGGAUUGCUGGGGAACCCAAGUGAUGUUUACUUUGGAAAAACAAUCACUUUUAGCCUUGGCAAUUUCUGGGCUUCGGCUAAAUUGGAGCCUUCUCAUCAUCUUGUCAUCAAGCCUCAUCCAGUUCAUGAUCUUGUUCAGUUUGAUUCCCUUGAUCACCUCUUUAGUCGGUUGCAGAGCGAAGGUUACUAUGGAGGCGUGCGACUGAUUAUGUCGAUUUGUAAACUCUUCUAUAAGCAUUGUAAGGAUAACGGCAUAAAUCUUCGACCAGGGAACUUCACACUAUCGUACGAUACUAAUAUCCCUCGCCAGGACGGACUUUCAGGGUCCAGUGCUAUCGUAUCCGCUGCCCUUAGCUGCCUUCUUGAUUUUUACAAUGUCCGGCAUUUGAUUAAAGUAGAAGUCAGGCCCAAUCUUAUCCUUAGCGCAGAGAAAGAGCUCGGAAUUGUUGCCGGCCUUCAGGAUAGAGUGGCACAAGUCUAUGGAGGCCUCGUCUACAUGGAUUUUAGCAAGGAACACAUGGAUAAAUUGGGACAUGGCAUCUAUACCCCCAUGGAUGUUACUCUUCUACCGCCUCUCCAUCUCAUAUACGCCGAGAAUCCAAGCGAUUCAGGAAAGGUACAUAGCACCGUGCGACAGAGGUGGCUUGAUGGUGAUGAAUUUAUUAUAUCAACAAUGAAAGAAGUCGCAGAUAUAGCAGCAGAAGGGCAGAGUGUAAUACUCCAAAAGAAUUACCAAAAGCUUGCAGAACUCAUGAAUCACAACUUCGAGCUCCGAAGGCGCAUGUUCGGGGACGAAUGUUUGGGUGAUUUAAACAUAGAAAUGGUGGAGGUGGUUCGGAGGGUCGGUGCCGCUUCUAAAUUCACCGGGAGCGGCGGGGCGGUGGUUGUGUUCUGCCCAGAUGGUCCGUCGCAAGUGAAGCGCCUCGAAGAUGAAUGUCGGAAAGCCGGGUUUAUCAUCCAGCCUAUACAAGUUGUUCCUUCGUGUUUAAAUGAUGUUGAUCUACAGACAUUGUCGAAGUAGGAGAUUUGUAAACCAUGUCACAGAUGAAAUAGUCGUCUCAAG